UCUUGCCUUAUCGCCAUCGCACACUUGCAUAGUUGCAUGCAAGGCAGGCAGCAGCCACAUUUCAAGUUGCAGCUCCACCUCCACGCACACACACACACCGUGCAAGCAACUACUCCAAGAGUACCAGGCCCAACAGCAGCUACACAGCUAGAGCACACACACCAUCCGCUCCCAGCGUUUACCGGCCGGCCGGCGAUGUCAACCAGGGCGCGCGGAGGAGGCGGUGGCGGCGGGAGGCAGUUCCCGGUGGGGCGGCGCCGGUACGUGCCGGUGGUGGACGCCGGGUGCGGGUGCCGCCCGCGCCGGCCGAGGCUGCUCAGCCUGCCGUCCUUCCUCAAGCCGUGCCAGCUGGGAGGUAACAAUAAUAACAAGGCGGCGGCGCGGAGGGGCGGCUCCGGCGGCGAGCAGUACUCGUCGUGCGCGUCCACAUCGACGGCGGCCUCCUUCUCGUCCUCGUCGGCCGCCACGCGCAGCACCGGCUACUCGUCGGCCAACUCCUCCGACUACUACUACCACCACCACCCCUCCUCGCACGUCCUCUACGGAGACGCCGCGGCCGCCGCCAAGCAACAACAGGAGGCGCCGCCGUCUCCGCGCCCCAAGCAGCAGCAGGCGACCAAGGCGGCGCCGGCGCCGGCGGGCAAGAGGCAGCUGAAGGCGGCUAAGACGAAGAAGAAGAGGUACGAGAAGACGGCGGGGCCGGAGGGGGACGGCGUGGGCGUGGCGGUGGAGAAGGAGUCGUCGGACCCGCGCGCGGACUUCCGCGACAGCAUGGUGCAGAUGGUGGUGGAGAUGGGGCUGUGCGACUGGGACGGCCUCCGCGGCAUGCUCCGCCGCCUCCUCGCCCUCAACGCGCCGCGCCACCACGCCGCCAUCCUCACCGCCUUCGCCGAGGUCUGCACGCAGCUCGCCGGCGCCGCCGCUGCCGCCGCGGCCCCUCCUCCUUCCCACCAGCACUCGCCGCCGGCGUACCACCAGUACCGGCUGUGACCACAGCGUCGACCUCCCUGUAUGCUGCCCCCCUUGAGAUCCUGCUGCUGCUGUAAUGGACCUAGCUGGUGACAGGAUCUCAUCUCCGAGGAAAAGGAUCAGCAGCACAGGCAGCAGCUAGCUGCAAGUACAAAUUAACUGGUUAAUCAAAAAAAAUUAAGCUAAGCACAUAUCGUAAUUAAUAAAGUGGUGUGCUAGAUCAAUCAGACUACCAUGUCGUUUGUUUUGAGUAUGUAGUUGAGUUGAUGCUGCUUUUGGUUUAUUUCCUACCGUAGUUUUUAGUACGUAACUCUAGUCUUUGCACUAGUGCUCCCAAAGUUUACAUUUUUACAGUUAGAAUCUAGUGAGGCUGCUAGCUGUACAUGUGGUUGCUUGUGUUUGUGCAUGGCCUUUGGUUUUGCACGAAGGUCAUCCAUCCAUCCAUCAUAGACCAUUGGUGUGGAAGUGGUAGGAUUAUUCGUCGAGUCUACCGAUCUGUAGCUGUACUGUGUACACGUAUGUGUGUGCGCGUGUGACUUGCUGAAUCUGUACGUGUUCAAAACUGGACCUGGUUUUGAUAUAUGAUGCUAGUCAAUGAGAUUAGCUGCAGUAGCGUUCUACUACUACUAAUUGAUUAUUUUACAUGGCAA